AUGAGUUGGAAAGGUUUCUCAAAGAGCGUCUCGCGGGCGCCGCAAACAUUCAAAGCCAAGUUCAACAUUGGCGAAAAUACAAAGGAUCCUGUAUACAUCGAUGCCGAACGACGAUUCCAGGAGCUUGAAACAGAAACGAAGAAGCUUCACGAUGAGUCCAAAAAGUAUUUCGAUGCGAUCAACUGUAAACAGCCCCCCCCUCCCUCCCUCACCCCCCUUGUAUAA